UGCCGGCUCCCCUCGUUCUGCAGUUCCUAGGAACCUCCUUCUGCUCCCAGCCUCGAGCUCCAGUCCCCUGUUCCUCCUGACAUCUGAGAGGCUCUGCUGCAGCUUAUCCUGGGCUAACUGUUUAUCCUGUACAGCCUGGCAACUGGCCGCAUGCUCCGGAUUAUCACAGGACACCCAUUUCAAAACACACUUUACUUUCUACUCUGACUAAUCGAGAGUAUUUGAAUUUUCUAACAGAAGGAAAAGGUUUUGGGAUAGUCAAGGGAAAAAGAGAAGCAUCUUGGAUAUGUGCUUGUGAUCUUUUCUGUUUUUGCUUGAUUUAGUAACUUCACACUUUUUGAGUUGCCCUUCUCACGUUUCCUGGAGGGCCGUGUGUGUUUGCACGCGAUGGAUCACACACUGUUUGGCUGCCUGCGGAGCCCCCACGCCCCGGCGCAGGCCCUGCAUCCCGCCUUCACCCAGUCUCCCCUGACUCUGCACGGACGCUCGGACCACGUCUCCUACCCUGACCUGGCCUCUUCAUCCUCCUCCUCCUCCACUUCCUCACCGUCGCCCUGUAUCAUCUCCAGCUACCCGGUCGAUGACGGCCUGUUUCCCGGGCAGCACCACCACCACCACCACCCCCACCGCGGCCACCUGCCCUCCCAGCAGCAUCACCACCCGCCUCAGCACCAUACAUCUUGGCAUAUCCCACAGAUGCCUUCACCUGGCAGUAAUACACGCCACAACCUUUGCCACCCGCACUCUCACUCAUCCCAUGACAACGGGCCCACGACCCCGGACCUGGGCCACCCUGGUGGACCCAGUAUGUGCGCUAGCACACCCAGUCUGGGCAGUGGCAGCACCCCUACAGGGGCCUCCUGUGUGCCUGCAGACUUUGGCAGGCAGACUCUGUCACCUGCUGAGGCUGAGAAGAGGAACAGCAAGAGGAAAAGUGACAGUUCAGAGUCCCAGGACGGGAAUUACAAGUCAGACGUGAGCAGCAAACCCAGGAAGGAGAGGACGGCGUUCACCAAGGAGCAGAUCCGAGAGCUGGAGGCCGAGUUUGCCCACCACAACUACCUAACCAGACUAAGGCGCUACGAGAUCGCCGUCAACCUCGACCUCACUGAAAGACAAGUGAAGGUGUGGUUCCAGAACAGGAGGAUGAAGUGGAAAAGAGUGAAAGGCGGCCAGCAGGGGGCAGCGGCUCGAGAGAAAGAACUGGUGAAUGUGAAAAAGGGGACGUUGCUGCCGUCAGAGUUCUCUGGCAUCGCAUCGCUCCACCACUCGACGGACUCCUUAGCCAAUGAGGACAGUCACGACAGCGACCAGAGCUCCGAGCACGCUCACUUAUGAUGCACACACACACCUGUCCCCGCCCCCUCCCCCUCAGAGUAUAGGCCCUGCCUCUGCCUCAGGACCGUCCUUAGAAGGACUUCUGUUUGCUAAUUCGCCAUCGUCAUACAACGAUGCUAAAUAAGUGUACAAAUGUACAUAGGAAUGACGUGUGUUAGAUAAUGCAGUCAUCGUGCAGGCAAAAUGUAAAUUUCAAGAAGUGAGCACAUAAAGGAGGAUGUUGACAUAGUUCAAAGCGCCAUUGGUUAAAAAAUUCCUUAAGGUAAAAAGUGAAAUGUGAUGUUUUAGCUACACAGAUUCACUGAAUAUUGCAUAACAUUUUGGAAAUCAUUUAGUCAAACUGUUGUAAACAUUCCAUGUUGUGUGUCUUAAGAGAAGCAGGCUAAGACUUUGAUUUGCACUGUCGAACAUACAGUCUGCACUUCAGUCAGUUUCUACUGUAUAAAAUGUAAAUUACGAUGUAAUUGAGUUAUUGAUCAAAUCACAUGCCAGGAAAUCUAAUUUGCCUCGCUAAUAUAAAUGACCUGUAAAUAAUUCUCAGUAUUGUCUUACCUUAACAAUAAUUUUAUACCCACACUAUCCAGCUCACGCAGUAAUAAACACUGACAGUUCUUUAGUCGACACUUUUCUGCCUGGAGAUGACAUUUUGUAAACAAAUCUGAAACCUGAAAUAAGUGUUUUAUUAAAUCCUUUUCAGGGACAGUUGCAGAUCGAAUAAAAUUUAACCAGUGGUAAAUACAAUCCCAUAUGAGUGAAUAAUGUUUUUUUUUUUCCAUCUAUGCAGCCAUCCAUCCAUAUGAAUCCAGGCUGGUGCGUGUGUGUGUUUCAUGAAAUCAAGCUGUAAUGAAUUAAACAUUGCUGGGAGUGUAGAAAGCUGGUAAUGGGGGGUGCAUGCUAAAUUCACCUUUGCCUCGGGGCAAGGUCGAGACUCCUGCCAAGGCUCGGAGAGAGAACCCGCAAAGGAUCGGUUUCUGUUACAAAAAUCCAGUUGAAAAUAAUUUCAUGACUUGAUCUCAACUUUCACCACAUUGUGAUUGUGCAUUCUAAUUUGUUGAGGAGGAACCUCACACCGCAUGUGAGGUUUUUAAUUUUCUUUUCUUCGCCCCAAAGCAACCCACAGGAUGAAUAUGAUCCUCUUUUUUUUUUUUUUCCACGUUGCAGCUGUAAUUCAGUGCACAGAUAUAUAUUCACAAAUUUGGAUGACACU